CCCGCCCGGAGCAGAGGGCGCACCUCUCAGCCCCGCAGGCCCCGCCCGGCGGUUGGGCUGUGAGGAGUCCCGCUGCUCCCUCCCUCGCAGUGUACUCAGGCGAGAAACUCGCUCGGCAUGUCGGCUGUGGAGGCGGGGGGUGUUUUCCACAGAGCCCGGGGAAGGACCCUGGACGCGUUUUCCUCAGACAAGGAAAGGGAAUGGAAAGGCCCCUUCUACUUCAUCCAAGGUGCAGACCCACAGUUUGGACUGAUGAAGGCCUGGUCCAUGGGGGACUGUGACAGCGGUGGUGAUGAGUGGGGGCAGGAGAUCCGUCUGACUGAGCUAGCUGUUCAGGCCAUCAACAAACUGGACCCCAAGCCCAAAUUCUUUGUUCUGUGCGGGGACCUCAUCCACGCCAUGCCAGGGACCCCCUGGCGGAAGGAGCAGACGGAGGACCUGCAGCGGGUGCUCAGGACCGUGGACAGCGAGAUCCCACUGGUCUUCGUCAGUGGCAACCACGACGUGGGCAAUGUCCCCACCCCCGAGACCAUCGCAGAGUGGCAGCAAACUUGGGGAGACGACUAUUUCAGCUUCUGGGUUGGGGGCGUCCUGUUCCUCGUCCUCAACUCCCAGUUCUUCUACGAUGCCUCCAUGUGCCCUGCCUUGAAGCAGGCUCAGGACCAGUGGCUGGACCAGCAGCUGAGCAUCGCGGGGCAGCAGAGGUGCCAGCACGCCGUCGUCUUCCAGCACAUCCCGCUGUUCCUCCAGAGCAUCGACGAGGAGGACGACUACUUCAACCUCACCAAGUCCGUUCGGAAGGAGAUGGCAGACAAGUUCUCCAAAGCAGGUGUCAAAGCUGUGUUCUCAGGUCAUUACCACAGGAAUGCCGGGGGCACCUACCAGGACCUGGACAUGGUGGUAUCAUCUGCCAUCGGAUGCCAGUUGGGCAAAGACACCCACGGGCUCCGAGUCGUGGUGGUCACUGCUGAGAAAAUCGUCCAUCGAUACUACAGUUUAGAUGAGCUGAGUGAGAAAGGAAUAGAAGACGAUCUGAUGGAUUUGAUGAAGAAAAAAUGAUUGCUGGUUAUGAUCUAUUCGCUUUUCACUUCUACUAUUUUUUCAUUUUGUCAGAAACAGCAGCUGCACACAACCCCUUAUUGGAAAAAAAAAAAAACUAUACCAGGCAGAUUUUUGAAUUUAUGUCCUUUUGCAUAAAUCAGAGAGCUGGGUCCUGUCCUAAAUGAUAUUCAAAAUAGAACUGCCUUCCCUUUAAAAAAGAGAGUGGAGGAGCCUGGAAAUAAAAGGAUAACUGACAUGAUUAGACUAUCUCUGUGUGGGUGAUUGAAUCCCUUCUCCUAAUGAUUCUCAACUCUGCUUUGAAUUAGGAGGUUUCCUGGUAGGUAGCACACGGCAAAUGUCUGCCGAUCGCCCUUUAUCGCAACUUGAUAUCCAAGUGUGAUCUUUGAUAGUUCCUUGAACAAACUGUGUCUGAUUGAAUUAAAUUGUGGUCAUGACCCCCCAAAAGCUAGGCAAAACGAGGGUAUUCUCCUUUCCUUCCUAACAAAACAAGUAACUGUGUCCUGUUACCAGAGCCACAGACUCAACUAGGAGCUGAGCAGCCAACAUGUGCUGAGAAAGUCUGAGGCUUCUGCUACCCCUGAGGAUGCAGUUGAUUCAAGUCCAAGCUUGAGCUUAACUUCUUGGCAGCUAGAAAAGCCACCUUUACACGUAAAUUGUCCGUAUUUGAAAAACCUCAUCCCAGAGACAAGAACCAAAGCCCUGAAGGGCCACCUCUGCCUUCACUGGGCAGCACACCUGAGCUCGUCCACAGUCACCUUCGAUGCUGCAGCAGCGCCCUCCACAGGCUGACGUCUUCGUGCAGUUGGAAUGCUCCCCCAUUUAUGAGACUCUUAGCUCUGCUGACUUUUGACAGAAGACAUGGGAAUUGAUGCCGGGUUCUCAGAAGAAACCCAGCAGAAAUUCCUGCAGGGCGAAAACAGUGCAUUCAGCCACGUUGUCUAAAUUGGCACCGACCCUGAAGAAACGCACGGGUCCGGUCUCCCUUGACCAAGGAGCGGGGAUGGGUUAAAGUCAGCAUUGUCUUUGUGUAAUCCACUUUACUGCUACUCCUCCGCAGCUUCUGACCGCUGCAUCCUUUCAUCCACAUAAUCUUUUCCAGCAGUCGUCCUGGUGGACAGGGCACCUGGGUAUUCUCCAUCCUGCCAGGAAAACUUCACAGCGUUUUGCAGAAGCAUUCAGUCAUCCUAAAACGACUUUAAAAACCAACUGCUUACAAAUGAACUGCAAAGUCCAUUAAAUUAAAAGACUUUCUUGUUAAAAAGUUUCAGUCAAUGUAGGCAAACCAUGAGAAAUUAAGUAGAAAGAUAAUUGGAUAUGUAAAUUCAUGAGGAACAAAAGACAAGAAGUUAAUUAUACUACAAAUCGGUGACACACCACAGCUCAUUGUUAUGUGGCGAGAAAAUUAAAACUUUUCAAAAUGAGAAUUCUCUUGGUUUAGAGUUUUGCUGCGUUCUUGUGUUGUGUUGCUUUUUCUUUACAACAGGUGUGGAUAUGAGAACUCAAGGAGAGGAUUCUUGAGGUAUACUACGAGGCAGACCUCAUAAGCCAUGCACUUGAGGCCUGGGAUGUGGUUACUUCAGAAUCAGACAGCAGGAUCCUGAACCAGGAUUGUAACUGCAGACUUGGGGCUCCUGGGGGCAAAUGGGAAGAGUUUAAUCACAGUGGACUGAUGGAGCCCUCUCUGUCACAUUACCUGUGCAAAAUGCUGUGGCACUUGGGUUUUGGGAAGGAUAUGGAGAUAAUUAAAAGUAAUGGAAAUGAAACUUCUAAGUUUUCUUCUCCAAAAACUUAAUAAGUAAGGUAAUUGAUUUAGAACACAGCAAGAACAUGCUAACAAUAGGGAAUCAUAUGAAAUUCUCACCAUUCUUAAAGUCACCAAACAGCAGUAUUCUCCAGCGGUGAAGGGUUCAGAAGGGAGUCAGGGAAUGGUUUUGGACAGUGUGUAUCAUUCUGAUAAUAGAUAAUUACCACUGUGUUCACUUAUGAGUCCUUUUUCUUUUUGAAAAAUGUAUUUUUAAAAGAGUGCCUUAUACUGUGAUAAACAAUAAAACACCAUGAUCAUAA